CAUUUUCCCAGAGCGAGAGGCAGUGACACUGAGCGGGCGCAGGGGGCCGAGUCGGAGACCGUGCCUGAGUUCGGGAGCGGCAACAGUGGGGGCAUAGACACUCUGAGCAGCUUUGCCGUCGUCUCUGCGUUCCUGUUGACUAUCUGGGUGCCCCCUCCCCUACUCCUUGAUUGCUGGUGAAGAGGCUGCGCGCUGCUGUUUGGGGAGGGGGUGUGUGGAGCCGGGUCCUGUGUCCGCAGUGGCUGCUGUCGGGGGGUCGUCUGUUCGCGGAGGUGUGGAGAGACUCCUUGGGGGUCGAGCAGAUAACGGGGUUCGAGUGUCUGGUGUGUGAACAUCACAGAUGAUGAAGAUGAUGGUGGGGGCCUUGGAGACUGAGGAAGAAGGAAUCUGAAACACUGAGGAGGCACAAAAGGCAAGGUCUAUUCUGGAUAGCAGGUUUUGUGAAGACAUUUAUUCUUUCUUGGACCUCAGAUUUACCAGACAUCUCAUGGGUUUGUGGAUGCACUUAGAUGUUUGCAAUGAGCACUGUGGCUGGCAUGCCCCAGUGUUUUGGAUACCAAUGCAUAGGACUCCAUAGUAAUCGAAUUUACCAGAGGCGAACGUCAUGAGCAUAGUGAUCCCUUUGGGGGUUGAUACAGCAGAAACAUCAUACUUGGAAAUGGCUGCAGGCUCAGAACCAGAAUCCGUAGAAGCUAGCCCUGUGGUAGUUGAGAAAUCCAACAGUUAUCCCCACCAGUUGUAUACCAGCAGCUCACAUCAUUCACACAGUUACAUCGGUUUGCCCUAUGCGGACCAUAAUUAUGGUGCUCGUCCUCCUCCAACACCUCCGGCUUCCCCUCCUCCAUCAGUUCUUAUUAGCAAAAAUGAAGUAGGCAUAUUUACCACUCCUAAUUUUGAUGAAACUUCCAGUGCUACUACAAUCAGCACAUCUGAGGACGGAAGUUACGGUACUGAUGUAACCAGGUGCAUAUGUGGUUUUACACAUGAUGAUGGAUACAUGAUCUGUUGUGACAAAUGCAGCGUUUGGCAACAUAUUGACUGCAUGGGGAUUGACAGGCAGCAUAUUCCUGAUACAUACUUAUGUGAACGUUGUCAGCCUAGGAGUUUGGAUAAAGAGAGGGCAGUGCUACUACAACGCCGGAAAAGGGAAAAUAUGUCAGAUGGUGAUACGAGUGCAACUGAGAGUGGUGAUGAGGUUCCUGUGGAAUUGUAUACUGCCUUUCAGCACACCCCAACAUCGAUCACUUUAACUGCUUCAAGAGUUUCCAAGGUUAAUGAUAAAAGAAGGAAAAAAAGUGGGGAGAAAGACCAAAACAUUUCAAAAUGUAAAAAAGCCUUUCGUGAAGGAUCUCGGAAGUCAUCGAGAGUUAAGGGUUCAGCUCCAGAGAUUGAGCCUUCAUCUGAUGGUUCAAAUUUUGGAUGGGAGACAAAAAUCAAGGCGUGGAUGGAUCGAUACGAAGAGGCAAAUAGUAACCAAUAUAGUGAGGGUGUGCAGAGGGAGGCACAAAGAAUAGCUCUGAGACUAGGCAAUGGAAAUGACAAAAAAGAGAUGAGUAAAUCAGAUUUGAAUGCCAACAAUUUGCUCUUCAAACCUCCUGUAGAGAGCCAUAUACAAAAGAAUAAGAAAAUUCUGAAAUCCGCAAAAGAUUUGCCUCCUGAUGCACUUAUCAUUGAGUACAGAGGGAAGUUUAUGCUAAGAGAACAGUUUGAAGCAAAUGGAUAUUUCUUUAAGAGACCAUAUCCUUUUGUUUUAUUUUAUUCUAAAUUUCACGGGCUAGAAAUGUGUGUUGAUGCAAGGACUUUUGGGAAUGAGGCUCGGUUCAUCAGGCGUUCUUGUACACCCAAUGCAGAGGUGAGGCAUGAAAUUGAAGAUGGAACCAUACAUCUUUACAUUUAUUCUAUACAGACUAUUCCAAAAGGAACUGAAAUUACUAUUGCCUUUGAUUUUGACUAUGGGAAUUGUAAGUACAAGGUGGACUGCGCAUGCCUCAAAGAAAAUCCAGAAUGCCCUGUUGUAAAACGUAGCUCUGAAUCCACGGAAAACAUCAAUAGCGGUUAUGAGACCAGAAGGAAAAAGGGAAAAAAGGAAAAGGAUAUUUCAAAAGAAAAAGAUACACAAAAUCAGAAUAUUACUUUGGAUUGUGAGGGAACAACCAACAAAAUGAAGAGCCCAGAAACUAAACAGAGAAAGCUUUCUCCCCUGAGACUGUCAGUAUCAAAUAAUCAGGAACCAGAUUUUAUUGAUGAUAUAGAAGAAAAAACUCCCAUUAGCAAUGAAGUAGAAAUGGAAUCAGAGGAGCAGAUUGCAGAAAGGAAAAGGAAGAUGACAAGAGAAGAAAGGAAAAUGGAAGCAAUUCUGCAAGCUUUUGCCAGACUUGAAAAAAGAGAGAAAAGAAGAGAACAAGCUUUGGAAAGAAUCAGUACAGCCAAAACUGAAGUUAAAGCGGAGUGUAAAGACGUGCAGGCUGUCAGUGACGCCGAAGCUACUCAGGAACAAGCAAAAGAAGAAACUGCUAGCAAGCCCACCCCUGCCAGAGUGAAUAGGACAAAACAGAGAAAAAGCUUUUCUCGGAGCAGGACUCACAUUGGGCAGCAACGGCGCAGACAUAGGACUGUCAGUAUGUGCUCAGAUAUCCAGCCGUCUUCUCCUGAUCUAGAGGUUACUUCACAACACAAUGAUAUUGAAAAUACUGUACUUGCAAUAGAAACAGAAACUGAAACUGCACUAGCAGAAAUAAUUACUGAAACUGAAGUCCCAGCACUUAAUAAAUGUCCUACAAAGUACCCUAAAACAAAGAAGCACUUGGUCAGUGAAUGGUUAAGUGAGAAGAAUGAGAAGACAGGAAAACCUUCUGACAGCCUUUCAGAAAGACCUCUGCGCAUAACUACGGAUCCUGAAGUGUUAGCCACACAGCUCAAUUCUUUACCAGGCCUCACUUACAGCCCCCACGUGUACUCUACUCCUAAGCACUAUAUCAGAUUUACUUCACCAUUCCUUUCAGAAAAAAGGAGAAGAAAAGAACCUACUGAAAACAUUUCUGGCUCAUGCAAGAAGCGAUGGUUGAAACAAGCUUUAGAAGAAGAAAACUCAGCAAUUUUACAUAGAUUUAAUUCACCCUGUCAAGAAAGAUCCAGAAGUCCUACAGUCAAUGGUGAAAGUAAAAGUCCACUACUAUUAAAUGAUAGCUGUUCUCUUCCAGAUUUAACUACACCACUAAAAAAACGAAGACUUUAUCAGUUGCUAGAUUCUGCUUACUCGGAAACCUCCACACCAACUCCCUCACCGUAUGCCACACCAACCCACACAGAUAUUACUCCCACAGACCCGUCAUUUGCUACUCCUCCACGGAUAAAAUCAGAUGAUGAAGCUUGUAGAAAUGGUUAUAAGCCCAUCUAUUCACCAGUUACCCCAGUAACUCCUGGCACACCAGGAAAUACCAUGCACUUUGAGAAUAUUUCUUCCCCAGAAAGUUCUCCAGAAAUUAAGAGACGCACUUAUCAUCAAGAGGGAUAUGACAGAUCUUCGACAAUGUUAACAUUGGGGCCUUUUAGAAAUUCUACUUUAACUGACCUGGGUCUGCAAGAAAUAAAGACUCUUGGUUAUACCAGCCCCAGGAGUAGGAGUGAAGUCAAUAGGCAGUGCCCUGGAGAAAAGGACUGUGUGUCAGACCUUCAACUGGGACUCGAUGUAGUCGAGCAAACUGCCUUACAUAAAACCUUGGAACCGCCAACGCAUGACAGGACUGAUCCUGCCAGCCAGCUGGAAGCUACUCACUCAGGACGGGGCACAGUGUAUUCUUCCUGGGUAAAGAGUCCUGACAGAACAGGAGUUAACUUCUCCGUAAACUCUAACUUGAGGGACCUGACACCCUCACAUCAGUUGGAGGUUGGAGGAGGCUUCCGAAUAAGUGAGUCAAAGUGCCUGAUGCAGGAUGAUACUAGAGGCAUAUUUAUGGAAACACCUGUGUUUUGUACUUCAGAAGAUGGGCUUGUUUCUGGUUUCGGACGGACUGUUAAUGACAAUUUGAUCGACGGAAGUUGCACACCCCAGAAUCCACCACAAAAGAAAAAGGUCUCUCUGCUCGAAUACCGUAAAAGACAGCGUGAAGCUAGGAAAAGUGGCUCCAAGGCAGACCACUUCCCCCUGGUUAGUGUGUCCCCUCACGCAAGUGGCAACUCAAGCAGCAGCGGUGACGGGUGUGGCGGCAGGACUGAGAGCGGGGAGCAGGCGGAGAGCACCGCGGGCCUGCAGGUACCAGCGCCUCCUGCGGUUUACAGCGCCACUUCAGAAGAGACCGGCAACAACUGUCCUGUUAAGGAAGCUUCUGCCAGUGAGAAGAAUGAACCGGAAGUUCAGUGGACGGCUUCGACCUCAGUGGAACAGGUGAGAGAAAGGAGUUACCAGCGAGCUCUGCUCCUCAGCGAUCACCGAAAAGACAGAGAUAGUGGGGCAGAGUCGCCAUGUGUCCCAUGCUCACCGCGUCAUGUUCCGUCUUCACCUCCAUCUCAUUCAAAUCACAUUCCCCAGUUGCAGCCCCAGGGUCCAGUCCCUCCUUACAGUGAACUUGUGGAAGAUCCUGACCCUGAAAAUCCAGACUCCAUGACCACAAAUGAAUGUCCAUCCCCAGACACCUCUCAACAUACUUGUAAAAGCCCUUCAAAAAUGAGCAAGCCUGGUUCACCGGGACCUGUACUUCCUGUCCAAGCACAUGGGAAAAUACUCACAAAGGCAGAGUCCCAUUGGGAGGCGACAGUUACUGUGUCAGAAGCGGAGAACGGCGUUCACCUGAAAUCAGAGCUCCAACAGAAACAGCUAUUAAGUAACACCCAAGCGCUUUCCAAGAAUCCUCCUCCUCCUCCUCAGCCACUUGGUCGAAGCUCAUCCGAGCAACUUCCACAAAAGCUGCCCUCUGCGCCUGCGAAGGUGCACUGUCCUCCGUCCCCUCACGGAGAAAAUCCUCCUAAGGCCUCGACACCUCACCCGCCUGUACAGCACGGUUAUCUCUCACCAAAGCCCCCCGCCCAGCAGUUAGGAUCCCCUUACAGGCCUCAUCACACACAGUCUCCUCAGGUGGGAACCCCUCAGCGAGAGCCUCAGAGAAAUUUUUACCCCACGGCACAGACCCUCCAAGCCAGCACUCAGCAGGCAACCUCUGGAGCAUUAUUUACCCAGACCCCCUCGGGACAAUCUUCCGCCACGUACACCCAGUUCAACCAGCCGAGUCUGAACAGCACGGCCCCGCCGCCUCCACCCCCUCCGCCUCCUUCUUCCUCAUCUUAUUAUCAAAACCAGCAGCCCUCUGCAAACUUUCAGAAUUAUAAUCAGCUUAAAGGUGGGCUUUCUCAACAGACUGUGUUUGCGUCGGGACCAAAUCAAGCACUUCCUGGCACCGCGAGCCAGCAAACCGUCCCAGGACACCAUGUUACUCCGGGGCAUUUCUUGCCUUCUCAGAACCCUCCGAUUCACCAUCAGACUGCUGCCGCCGUGGUCCCCCCACCGCCCCCCCCACCCCCGGCCCCGGGACCACACCUCGUCCCGCAGCCGAGCUCCCAUCAACAACACUCUGUGGCUCACGUGGUGGGGCCUGUUCACGCCAUAACCCCUGGGUCACACAUUCAUUCGCAAACUGCGGGCCACCAUUUGCCACCACCCCCUCCGCCUCCUGGUCCUGCCCCUCAUCACCAUCCACCACCCCAUCCUUCCACGGGACUCCAAGGUCUGCCAGCACAACACCAGCAUGUUGUAAAUUCGGCGCCGCCGCCGCCGCCGCCACCUCCCCCUUCCAGUGUUUUGGCUUCUGGGCACCACACCACGUCCGCUCAGGCCUUACACCACCCACCUCAUCAAGGACCUCCACUGUUUCCUUCUAGUGCUCAUCCAGCCGUGCCACCGUAUCCCUCCCAAGCCACACAUCACACCACUCUGGGGCCGGGACCCCAACACCAGCCUUCUGGAACAGGGCCACAUUGUCCAUUACCAGUUGCAGGUCCUCAUCUCCAGCCCCAAGGACCAAACAGUAUUCCAACACCUACUGCUUCAGGGUUCUGUCCUCAUCCUGGCUCUGUGGCCCUGCCACAUGGGGUUCAAGGACCCCAGCAGGCAUCUCCGGUGCCUGGACAAAUCCCCAUUCACAGAGCGCAGGUGCCACCAACAUUUCAGAACAAUUACCAUGGUUCAGGGUGGCAUUAAAAUGGACCUCAAAAACAUUUUUUAAAAUGUUAUGUAAGAUAAACUGUAUAUUUCAUAUGUACCUGUUAAGGUACUUUUUAAAGAUUGUACAUGAAACUUUGUAUAAAAAAAAAAACAAAAAAAACACCAGUGCUCUUUCAUUGUAUUUUUCCCAUUUUUGCUUUUUAAAAUUCCUUAAAAGAUGUGCUGUUAAGCCAGUAUUAGGUAUCUUUAUUUUGUAAGUGAACAUUCCAGCUGUUUUUCUGGCAGUAGAUUUGAUGCUACAUGAUCUUUAAAUUUUAUUGUUGCAGUUAAAUUCAUUUAGUGAAUGUUUUCUAUAUUAUUUUAUACAUAUGCAUUUAAGUACACAGCUAAGUAAUGGCACUAUGAGGAUUUUCAUUUUUCUUCCUGUCAGCAGUUCUGUGAGUGCAUCUUAGGUAUAAAAAAAUGCAAUACAGAUUUUUAUAGUUUGGUGUGGACAUGGCUCAUUCUGUUUUACCGGUUAUUUGCGAGCAAAAUGUAAUUUAAUGUAUAGAUGAUUUUUAACGUCUCCCAACACACUGUAAAUACUGCAUUUCCUUUGCGUAUGUAACUGCUUACAGCUUUUCUCAUUGGAUAUAUAGCGUUGUACAUAUGACAGGUCUUUGCAAAACUGUGUGAUCUUUGUGAGAGUAGUACAGUAUAUGGCCUUUAAUUUCUUUUUUAUUUUAAAGAUACUGUCACAUUGAAGCACUGGUUGGGCAUUUUAAUUCAUGUUAAUAAAUCACAAUUAUGUCAGUUUUA